GGAUUUAACUGUAAUCAGCCAUUGUUGCAGAGACCCUAUUAUGUUGACAAAAUGUUUCUGAAGGCAGUUUCAUUUUUUCAAAUGAUGAGCCACUUUGUUAUGCACAAAACAGACUAGACAACAAGAAUUACUUACAGCUGACGUUCCUGUAUUUAGAGGAUACAAAGGUCAAGAAAAUAUAACUGGUUUAUUGGUGGAACUUUGGUCCUUCAUUUCCACAGCAGGUUAAACGGAAGUGAAAGAUUUCUUUGUUGUUCAGAUCCAAAACGCUGAGCUGAAAGCAAACACCAUGUUCAGGUUUUCUCUAAUAGUCUGUGUUUCUCUAAUAUUUGGCAUCACAGCAAAGCCAUAUAAACCCUGGAGUAAAUUUACAGAUGAAGCAUUCAAGGAUACUGUUAUGUCUAUAGAUGACAAUGGAAAGAUGUCCUGGGGAGUGGAAGUGGAGCCUCCAGAGGACAUGGAUGAGACUCACUAUGACAUAGACCCUCGCAUGAUGAUUUGGAAGAGUAUGGCAGGCAGUGGAAAGGACAAACAGCCCCUGAAGGCUGAAGAAGACUUGGAUGAGCUGUACCACCCUUCAAUGGCUGACCUCCUCAACGUUCAAAUCCAUAACCUGGAUGCCCUCCCUGCUGCCGACAUCCAGGCAGAGCCCUCGCAGGAAGAUGCCAACAGCAAGUACAAUCAGGAACCAGAGGAGGAUAAAGAUGACAUCGACCACUCUGUUUUCAGUAAGGUGGCCUCAGAAGAACCUGAGCAGGACUGGGAUAAAGUCUACCACAAAGCGAGGGAGGAGCUGGAUGUGUAUCUGGCCCCACUAGUGGCUGGAUACAAAGCUGGUGCAGAGGUUCGCGUUGCACACUCUGAACCAGAGAAGGAUGAGGACGAGCUGUAUCAUCGCCACGACCGGCACUCGCCUGUGCAGAUGGAGCCGCUGAAACGUGAGGUCAGAGUUCACCUUCAACCAGAGGAGGACAUGGACGACCUGUACCACAACGAUCUCCUGAAGCCCAUCCCUUACCAAGGUGAUACUAAAGCUGCAGCUCCUGUUGAUCUGCCAUCUCAGAGGAAGCACAGCGAACCAGAGGAAGAUCUGGAUGAUCUCUACCACCAGUGAUCCUUCAACAACAGCUCAACCUGUGUAGAUCCUUAUCAUGUCAAAUCAAACAUAAACGAUACUUGCAGCAGGUAAAGAAAACAGGCGUGUCAUUUGACUCCAUUAAACUGUCAUCAGUAACAAUGAACACAUCUGAGUGUCACUCAUAUGUAUCUUGAUGAUAAAGAUACUUUAAACACA